AGUGCUGCAAAACCUCCGCGGUCUUUUUGAGCGGCGCACGUGGAGCAAACUCAAAGAGCUCACGUUUUUCAUAGAUUCAGCUCCAAAAAACCGGAUAAAUUAAGUUAAAACUAUGGGUCGCAAGGCUGAAUACAGUGAGAAACCGAAAAAGGGUCCCGGCCGCAAGGCGCGCAAACAGGGAGCGCCCGUCUUUCGCAAACAGUCGUUUGCUCCCAUGGAGGAGGAGGAGAAGAAGCUCUCCCACCGACAGAAGCAGCGAUUCGUGAAGCGGGAGCAGAAGAAGGUGGUCCAAAAGGCCAAGCUGCAGGAGAAGCGGGCCAAGGGAAAUCAGCCCCAGAAAGUUAAGCGGAAGACGGCCUACAACAGCGACAGCGAACCGGAGGAGGAUGAGCAGCUGCAGCAGGAGGCUUCCUCCGACGAGGAGGUGCCCCAACUGGUGCCGGCUCCCAAGAGCCAGAAAUCCGCAGCUCCCAAGGGCUUCACAGAUGACAACGACGCCUGGCUGAAGCCCAAAAAGCAGAAGAAGCCAGUGAAGCAGGCAGAAAGCGAGUCCGAAGAGGAGGAGGAGGAUGAGGACCUGGAGGAGGACUCCCAGGCUGAGUUGGAAGAUGACUCCGAGGGCGAGGAAGGCCUGGAAGCAGAGGAAUCCGGUGAGGAAGAGGAGGAGGAAGACGAUUCCGAUGAUGACGCCGCUCAAGUUGGCAAGCUCGCCGAUCUUUCCGAUGAUGAUGAGGCCAAUUCCGACGAUGACUUUGAUAUAUCCGGCGAGGAAGAUGGUGGCGCCGCCGACAGCGAUGAGGAGGAGGAUGAGGAUGACGACGACGAUAGCGAUGACGACAAGCUGCCCAUCGAGCGCGCCAACAAGAUUCUAAAAAAACGCGAGGCCAAGGAAGCCCAGGAAGCCGACGAGGAAAUGCUGGAAACUUUCGACCGCCAGGAUGUGUUCCAGCUGCCCAACGAGGAGGAAGAGGCCGAGAAGGACCUCACGCUGCAGGAAGUGCAGCAGCGCAUCAAGGACGUCAGCUUGGUUCUCUCCGACUUCAAGAAGUACCGCCAGGCGGAUCGCUCACGCGGAGAGUACAUCGACUUGCUGCGCAAAGAUCUCUGCUUGUACUACAGCUACAAUGAGUUCCUGAUGGAGAAGCUGAUGGACAUGUUGCCGCUCACCGAGCUCAUGGAGUAUCUGGAGGCCUCAGAGAUUGCUCGUCCACUGACCAUUCGCACAAAUACUCUAAAAACUCGUCGAAGGGACCUAGCUGGAGCUCUGAUCAAUCGUGGCGUCAACUUGGAUCCCCUGGGCAAGUGGACCAAGGUGGGACUGGUAGUCUUCAACUCGCAAGUGCCGCUGGGUGCCACUCCAGAGUAUCUGGCCGGUCACUACAUGAUCCAGGGAGCCUCCUCGCUGCUGCCUGUGAUGGCACUUGCGCCGCAGGAGAACGAACGCAUCCUGGACAUGUGCUCUGCUCCAGGUGGCAAGGGAUCCCACAUCGCGAGCAUUAUGAAGAACACCGGCGUGCUGUUCGCCAACGAUUCCAACAGGGAUCGCAUCAAGGCCAUUGUGGCGAAUUUCCAUCGGCUAGGCAUCGUAAAUGCGGUGGUCAGCUGCGAGGAUGGCACCAAGUUUAGGAAUAUUAUGACUGGUUUUGAUCGCGUUUUGCUGGAUGCUCCUUGCACAGGAACUGGCGUCGUCUCCAAGGAUCCCAGUGUCAAGACCACCAAGUCGGAUGUGGAUGUGCAGCGGUGCUACAAUCUGCAGAGGAAGCUCCUGCUCACUGCCAUCGAUUGCACGGAUGCCAAAUCAUCCACCGGCGGCUAUAUUGUGUACUCCACUUGCUCCGUGCUGCCCGAGGAGAACGAGUGGGUCAUCGACUAUGCGCUGAAGAAGCGCAACGUUAAGCUGGUGCCCACUGGCCUGGACUUUGGCGUCGAGGGCUUCACCAAGUUCCGGCAGCAUCGAUUCCAUCCCAGCUUGAACCUCACAAAGCGCUACUAUCCGCACACCCACAACAUGGACGGUUUCUACGUGGCCAAGCUGAAGAAGUUCUCCAACACCAUACCCAUAACCAAGGAGCAGCAGGAGGAGGAUGAGAAGCAGCUGGACGAGGCAAUCGAGGCGGAGGCCACCACCGAAGCGACGGAGGAGACCGAGAAGCCUGAGGAGGGCGAAGAUGGAGAGAAACAGGAGAAGGGUCCCCGAAAACUGCUGGGCAAGCGAGCGGGCAAGCCCAGUUUCACCGAAAUCGAGCAGGAGCUGAAGAAGAAGAAACGGGAGGAGAGCAAGACCAAGUAUGUGGCCAAGGUGUUCGAGCAGCCCGUGAAGGCACCCAAAAAGCCCAAGCCGGAAAAGCCAGUGGAGAAGAUAGAGAAGAAAUCCCAGGAAUCAGUAGAGAAAACAAAUGGAAGCCAGGAACCAUUGAAACCUGCGUCUAAGAAGACCCAGACCAACGGCAAAGCCCCAGCUUCCAAGUCAGAGGCCAAAUCAUUCAAGAAUAAGAAACAAGGAGCACCUGCCAAGGCAAAUGGAAAGGCAUCGCCAGCCAAGCCAACAGCCAAUGGCAAAAAUUCACCUGCCAAGCCAGCAGCAAAGGAACCUAAAGCGAAACCUCAGCCCCAGCAGACGAAACCCAAAGGAGGAGCACCUUCCAAAUUCACCAAGGCUCCGCGAGUGGAUAUUGACGAAGUGCCCAUUCUGGAGGGCAAGCCCAUCAAGAAGCAGAACAAGCUGAAGCAAAAAUCCAAGCAGAUCGGCCAGCUGAAAAAGUCAAAUACAAGCGCGAGUGCGGGAGGAAAGAAGCAAAAGUUCAAGAAGUGAACACCUUAGAUUCAGUUUUGUUAAGUAGACUGUAGCCUGUAAGCCUGUGACAUAUAAUUCGGGUAGUCCCGACAUGUUUUUAUAUAUUUCCCACGGUUUUAGCCAAUGAUAUUGAAGAUUGAACUACAAAUUGUGCUGUAAUUAACAAUCGGAUUCAAUAAACGCUAAGCUCGGAUUAAUGUAGUCACGAA